UCACUUUUGUCGAAUAUCACUCGAAAUUUAUUUUUCACAGCAACCACUUUGACUUCAAUCGGCUAUGGAACAAAUACGCCGGAUUCAGUUGCUGGCCGAAUAUUCAUUAUUUUUUACAUUCUUAUUGGCAUACCGCUCUAUUUAAUCACACUUGCAGAUUUGGCAAAAUUUUGUACUGAAUUCUUGGUUAGAUCAUAUACAGAAUUACUUAAGCAAAAAUUUAAUUUUUUUCUAAAAUAUCGUCGUUGGCGAACCGAUCAUCGUCGUCGCCAGAGUAUUAUUGAAAUACUCGAUAUAAUUAUUGCCGGAGGCGAAGAUGAAAUUGCUGAAUUCUUAUGGACACAUCUCGAGAAUGCCCAAUUCGUUGAAUUACCUUUUAUGCUGGUUUAUGUAUUACUAUUAAUUUAUGCAAUUAUUGCUAGUCUUAUUAUAUCAAAAAUCGAAGGAUGGAAUAUUUACGAUGGUUUUUAUUUUCUUAUGAUGUCAAUUCUAACCGUUGGAUUUGGAGAUUUAGUGCCUCGAAAUCAAAAAUUUGCAUUAUUCACGUUAAUUUUAAUAAUUGCUGGAUUAAUUCUUGCAACAACUUGUAUCGAUGUCGCUGGUGCCUAUUAUAUAAAUCGCUUACAUUUCUUUGGUCGUCGUGUUGAUCGUGAAGAUCCACUUUCAUGGCUUAAAGCUGUUCAACAAAAAAGGAUCGAUGUUAUGAAACGAGAAGCGAUGCGAAAAUUAUUUGAAACCGUUACUGCUUUACAACAUCUUCGUCUUGGCAGUCAGCCAGAUCCUCCACAAGAUUUGAUCGCAUAUAAUUCGACUGCACAAUCAGUUAUGCUUCAUUGGAAAAGGCCACUCCAUCUAAAUGAGGCAGUAAAAUAUUGGUUUACAAUUACUUACAAAACGAGAACUCCUCAAAUAUUGGACAAUCCAAUAACUAUGAUCGAUUUUAUCAAUUCAGAUCGAUAUGAAGUACGAAAUUUAAAAUCGUUCACCCUAUAUGAAUUUACAGUUGUAACCACAACGAGAUUUGGUAGCAGUAAACCAGUGAGAUGCCAGGAAUAUACGGAACCAUGUACCGUUCCACAAUUACUCCGCUUAACUGCCUUUAGCAGUGAAACUGCAACUUUUUCUUGGAGGGCACCGAGAAAAAACAAUGGUCCAGAAAGUUAUGUGAUUCAAUUUAGUCAAGAGCCAGCUCCUCCCUUUCAUUUUUGGCAACGAUACAAAUGUGGCAGCUCAAAAACUUAUACUAUCACCGGUCUAAUGCCUAAUACAAGGUAUAUUGUAUGUGUAUCAGCUGAACAUAAUUUCGGCCUAGCUGCUAUGUCAAAAAGUCUACGAUUCCAGACAAAAGAGUGGUAUCUGGAUGAUACAAACGAGUUUGCACACGAGUCAUAUCGCCGAAUCAUUCCUGCCCUUGAUGCAGAAACGUGGAUACUCCUCCCCAGGCAGUUAUCACGAUGA